CCCCUUCAGCAGGAUGUUGAUAAUCUUUCCGUACCCUCCUCUCCCUUUCUGUGCCUUUGGAAAUAUUAAGAAAACUAAGGUAGUUCUUGGUGUCACACACAGGUAGGGGUAGCUGUUAGCAGUGUGCAGCAUUUACUAAAAAUCAUAGCAGCAAAGGACCUGGGAGAAGGCCGAUUGAAUGAAGCAGGCUUGUAUUUCACCAGGCCUGCUAGAAUGGGCCAGUGCUGUUGCAAGCUGCACUACUGCUUUGAUUGUCUGGACAAGAGGAAUGAAAGUGCCCUUAUCAAAGAGAAAGAACUUUCCAUUGAGCUUGCUCAUAUCAGGGACGAAGUAGCCUUUAAUAUAGCACGAUGUGAAAAGCUGCAAAAGGAGAAGCAAGGGCUGGAUAGGAGGUUUGAGAUCGAAGUACAGAGGCUUCAACUGCAACAGCAAGCAGAGGUCCGGGACCUUGAAGAGAGGUUGAAGGCUCAUUACACUGCAGAAAAAGAGCACCUCAUUGAGGAACAUGCAGUGUAUUUCAAGAAAAUCCAGUCUCAGCACAAGGAACAGAUUGAAGACAUGACAGCUAUCCAUACUAGUACAAUCACAGAACUGGAGAAUAAUCACACUGUUGCAAUAACUAUUCUUCAAGACGAACAUGAAAAGAAACUUGAAGAACUAAAAACCAUCCAUGAACUUGAAAGGAUAACUUUAGAAGAACAAUUUGAAAAACUAAGACUUUCUCUUCAGGAUCAAGUCGACACAUUAAUAUUUCAGAAUCGUUCACUGAAGGACAAAGCAAAACGAUUUGAAGAGGCCUUAAAAAAAUCUACAGAUGAGCAAGUUGAGAUUGCCUUGGCACCUUACCAGCAUUUAGAGGAAGACAUGAACAGUUUAAAACAUGUUCUUGAAAUGAAAAAUCAACAAAUCCAUCACCAAGAAAAGAAAAUUAUGCAAUUGGAAAAACUGUCUGAGAAGAACGUGGUAUUAGAAGAAAAGGUUCAAGUACUUCAACAACAGAAUGAAGACCUGAAAGUCAGGAUUGAUAAUAAUGCUGUCCUAACAAGACAACUCUCUGAAGAAAAUGCAACGCUUCACGACUAUGUUGAGAAGGAAAGCAAGGAAAAGAAACGGCUUAGCAGAACGAAUGAGGAGCUGGUCUGGAGACUCCAGACUGGUGAGCCCGUCAGUCCCAUCAAAAUGUCCUCCUCAACUUCGAACUUCCAGUCUUCUCAGGGCACACUCACACCUCCAGCAGUGAGCACCAACCCAAGAUGAUGAAAAAGGAUCAGAAUGAAAAUAUGUGGGCCAUCGCUAUCCCUGUUAUAUCUGAAGCUCAGCUCUAACUGCUGAAUAUAGUGCUUGGUUCUGCUCAAAGAGAAGUCACCAUUUGUACUUUGAGCAUGCUUGUUAGCAGAUAACAAUAAGCAAAAGGGAUUGCUUUUAAAUCUCCGGUCGGUCUUGCUGAUGUGGUUCAGACCUAAAUGCACAUUCAGUGCAUUAUUUCUAGUAAAGUUGUACCCUGGGGAGUUCGUUCUGAGAAAGCUCUUCCAAAACAGUCCCGGGCCUACUGUUAAUGACUCUUAUUGACCAGGUAUGCAAAAAUCAAAAGAUUUUCCUUGAUCAUAUGGGCUUUCAAAACAUUUGUACCUAUGUCCAAAUUUAUCUUUUAGUAUUCCCUUCAGUAAUACAUUUUAAAUAAUUCAGGAUUUUGCUUCUUGCUGUUAGUGUUUAAACAAAUGUGCAGAAUUAUAUAUUUUUACACAAUUGUCAAAAUAUUUUGGCUGGUUGCCUCUUUUAAAAUAUGUCCCAAACAGUCUGUGGUGAUCCCUGAGUAAAUUCCCAUUAUAGUGGGUAAAGGAAGAAGGUUGUCAUGCAGUCUACUCUCACUUGGCAAUGCUGCUGAUCACUGAAGUGCACAUCAGUGGCUUGAGAUGGAACUCCACGGCCUUCAACGCUGCAGCAGCUUUGAAAGGUACACCUCAAAAGUUGCAAAUUAUUUUUGCAACGUGCUCGUUGUUAAGCAAAGCAUCAGUUAUUGUAUAGAAAAGUGUUUGUGUUUCGUAAGCUAAGACCUAUAUCUGCUGUUGGUAUUUUCCUACUGUCCUGAAACAUUGAUCAAGGAAGCAAAUGCACUGCUUGCUGCAAGACUCCUACUUCCCUUGAAUGUACCGAAAUGAAAACUCUGCAGAUGAUGAAACAAAGGCUCAAAAUGUCUCUAAAGUACUUAAAACCUCAAGUACUGAGCAUUUAGCAUUAAUAAACAGAAUGCCAGGAGACAAUUCUUCCUGAAGGGUCACUGAAGCAAAACCAUUGAUACAAUCUGAAAAUUGAUGCCUCUUGCUUGUACAGAUUAUAUUGCAGACUUAAUUCUAAGGAACUGUCAGUGUGAACUAAAAUAAAUAUUUUUGCUACAUCUUCACAAAAUGUCAGCAUGUUUUCUAAAAGGUCAAGAAAGAAAUCUGUGACAUUUAAACAGCAGCUGGGGCUGAACUAGAGUAAAUCAGUGACAACAGCAGCUGUAGAUAUGGAUGUGGAUGUGGAAGAGAUGAAAUCUUAAAGAGCCUCAGAGAUAGAAAAUCAGCCUGCACUUAGUUUUAAGCUAAUGCAUUAAAAUUCUAAAAGCCAAACUGUAGUCAUAUUACAGGUUUGGGAAACAAUAACAGAUGAGAAAUGGAAUUGUUAAAUGAAACAACCAAAAAAUAAUAACAAAAUAAUUAAAUCAUAAUUAGCUACUCCUUGAAAUUAGUUGAGGAUUCUUGUCCAGUCCCUAUAAAUUGGAAAAUUGUACCAAAGCAUAUUACAAAAGGAAAUAAAUAUAUUUACAAUGCAAUUAUAAUUUUGUGGGGUAUUUUACAGAAAUAUCAAUGCAGUUUAUGUUUUACAGUCAAUUGAUAGCGUUGCAAAUUUAAAACGGAAUUUGGGCCACACAGGCUGUCAAGAGAGCAGUGGGUGCAGCCAUACAGUGCAUCUCCAAAUUGAUAGCUGUAAUUUGUCAAGGAGGAACAUUUAAUGAAAAAUUUAAGUUGGAAUCACAGGGAAUUGCAAUUCAGAUGCAGUGAGUUAUUAUGUUCACUUUCAUUAAAUGAUUCAAUAUAGAAAGCUAGAAAGACGCUGUGGCAUUAUUCUAACCAUUUUGGUUUACUCUACCAGAUUCAUCCUUAACUGAACUCAUACUGAGGCUACCUUGGUGAAUUUUGUCAGUGCCUUUGGAGUCAUACAGUGCUAGAUAGUUACCUUCACUGGUGGGCUGGAGUACUUAAUGCUGAUUGGGGAUUACACAUACAGAAUGUGUAAUGUGAGAAGCAUAUAUUCCUUCUCUCCAGAGGUGCUGCCUGGCCCGUUGAGUUACUCCAGCAUUUUGUGUAUAUCUUCGGUUUAAACCAGCAUCUGCAGUUCCUUCCUACACAAUCUAUCAGAUAAAUCACUUCCAGAGGCACCACUUCUGAGACUUUGUCCAAACCAACCAAACAACCAAACCACAAUAUUAACAACUUUUUACUAAUACUUAAAAUGGGGGAAAAUAAUUCUUAGUUUAGAAAAUUCAAGCUUCCCUGUUAUUGGAGAAGAUUGCUGCUAAAAGAAUUUAAGUGUCCCUUAGAUUUAGGAUAAAGUCUUAAGUAUGAUCAAAUAGAAGGAAUUUUGCUUUGUAUGCAAGAAUGCUAUAUAUAAGCUGGGAGUGUUCAGUAGAUCAAAUCAUAAUGUAAUGAAAAGGGAGCCACGGUAUGUUAUAGGUUUUGUACCAUCUGCAAAGCACUAAAAGGUUUAAUUAAAUUUACUGGUGAAAAUGGCAUUAGAUGAGGGCUCAUGAUUGCAAACCUGUUGUAAACCUCACAUUUGCACUACUAGUUACUUCUGACCCUUGAUCAUCCCACAUUUUGCAAUCAUAUGACACUCCAUGUAUACAGGAUAUUGCCCUGUUCUGGCUCCUUGUUACUGGCCGCUUUUUAUGCAUUUGGUCUGCAGCUGCCGCAAAAGUUCCUUUAAUAUCAUCCUUCUCUUUGAUCAGCACAGAGACAGCAAGUACAGAGAAUCUAAUACAUAUGUAAACUGAUGGAUCUCUAUUAAUAGACACAAAAUGCUGGAGUAACUCAUCUCGACAGCCAACAUCUCUAGAAAGAAGGAAUGGGCGACGUUUCAGGUCAAGACCCUUCUUUAGGCUGACCUCUUAAUAUAGUUUUGACAAAUUUAACAGAUUUUUAUGGUUGAUCCAGUUCAAUUCAAUGUUAGCACCAGGUCUGGUAGAUGUGUGGUGCACAGAAGCAGGUGAAUUGUUCCAUGCAUUUCUUCCAUUAACAAUGAUUCCAAGGAUAGGAAAUUGAUUACUUUAACCUUAAUACAAAAUAUCCACCAACAAAACUCUAAAAACUUGAUCUUUUGUUUUCAUGAAACAAUAAGGGCUUCUGCAGGGGGAAGAGGUAAACUACUGAGAGGUCCUGUUUUUUGUUGUUGUCGAUGAGAUGGUUCCAAAUUUGGCUGCAGGUGCCAACUCGGCUGUAAGGCUACAAGGCCAUAUGUGGAUGCUGAAAAGAUUGGAGUUGGGGGGGAAAGAGAGAGACAAGUGGUAUAAGCAGCCCAUUACCCCUCUAACACUGGAGAAGUGCAGGAUGGUAGUUAAUGUGUCUUGCAGAGAAGUUAGUGGCCAAUGAAGGACCGAAGUUUAGAUAUCAAGCAUCCAAUUCAGCAUGACAUUCAUAACACAGGGAAUGUCUCCAUACACUCACGUCAUCCUCACCAUUAGCGCUACAUGCAGAUGGUCAUUCUUAGCAGAGCUGACGUCAAUGGAAACAUUGUGCCCUACAAACCCGUGACAGAAUUCUCCAGUCUCUACAAGAGUGCAGUGCAGCUGGGAUGCUUGCCAGAACAUCACAUGUUGCAGCAGCUCCAGAAGUACCGUGUUUGUCAAUGGCCUUCGAGGUGCAGGAUGCUUGUCCAUCUGCAUAAACUUCACUGCUGUUUUGUUUCAUCAUGUUAUCUCCUGGGCCAGAUGUAUCACAAGGAUUAAGAGUCAGCUGUGGUCGCUACCUCUCCCUUGUGCUCCAUGGUACUACUGCUGCAGGAAGGAGACCCUAGUGAGAAUAAUGGCAUAUGUUGAAUAUGUGGGGGUCAGUAAACAAUGGUUACACUGUAGGAAGUUGAAGAUGGAUGUUAGAAGUGGCUGGAUUACUGUAGGCAAGGAAGGAUUUGUAAAACAAGCUAGUGCUAGGAAUGGAUCUUUUGGGGUAGACUCGAGGGAACACAUUCACAUGCUCGACUAAGGUGGAGACCAGAAUGUUGGUGAAUCUUGCAGCCACAAAAGGCAGGAACAAGGUUCCACUUUACUGCUGCUCCAUUUCUACAGCACUUCCUCCAUUCGCAACCCUAUUAGAACCUUACAGCGAGCUUUCCAAUACCAUCCAUCAUAUAUCGAAAACACGCUAUAACAUAGUGGUAUGAAACUGGGUGGUAGGUAUUGGCAGUUCAUUGAGAAAAAAGUCACCCCAGAAGUUACAAUUCAGUCUUAGAAGUGGCAGUUUGACAGACUUUAAUACCCUCUUAAGACCAGAAUUGCUAAAACCAAUUAGAUGGCUACAGUAUACGUCAAGGUGUGAACCCUUAACUCAACCCAAUUACUGCUUUACCUUAAGCAUCUGUGGAUAUCGGGUACUCCAACACUGGAAAUGUAAGCAUCUAUCGAGUCAUCUGGGACCACAAACGUGCUUUCAUUACAAACAGCUGUUCUAUGACAGGUUUUAUUGAUGCAGCAACAGUGCAUUGUGCAUAUCUUAACCACAGGAGAUCAGAAACAAUGUGAUUAUUUAUAUGCAAAUUAAACUCAUUUCUGGGCAAUUUCAAUAGUCAUUUCUAUUACUUGAAGUGCAGAUCUGAUGAGUAUCUGAAAAAAGUGUACAGAGUAAUAAAAAUCAGGUAUUUAUAAUGUCCACACUAAUUGGGUCUGUGUCCUGUGGACACACAAAAUUGAAGUUUGAUAUGUAGAAUAAGCCUAGUGUCAUUUAGUUCUAGUCUUUAAUGAUCUGUGAAUUGUAUUUAUUUCUGCCAAUUGACCAGGAUUGUGUGAGAAUUGAGUGUAAUACAGCACUGUAUUCUGUAUGUAUACAUGCAUGUUCCUACACAAUAAAAGAUGGACGCAUGCAAGUAGCUUAAUAAAUUGUAUUCAAUUUGUUAAUUUA